GUCAUCUUCUGCUGCGGCAGCGCGGCUCGCGGAGCGGACAGGUGCGCGCGAGCGAGCGCGGGAGAGCGUGACCGCGGCGCUCCUCUCCUCUGCCUCCGACACCUGAUGAUCGAACGCGGCGCAGUCACGUCCGGCGCAGACGCUGCCCGCACUGCGCAGUCUGUGCAAAAGCAGGCAUGAGCCUCGCAUCCUCCACGCGCCACGAUUGAGGUCCACCUUUGGGGGGCGGAGGCGGGGGGGCUGGUCGGACGCAGAGGGGGGGAUUUGGACUCAGCCAAAAUUACGACGGGAUUCAGGUACAGCUCACUGUCUCCCGGCAACGGGAGAGACCAGCGGCCGCCCGGGAUGUCGCGCGCCAAGGAGCGGCUGCGGAGCGUAAAGGAGACGAAGGACAGCGUGACGCUGCUGCCCUGCUUCUAUUUUGUAGAGCUUCCCAUCCUCGCCUCCUCAGUUGUCAUCCUCUAUUUUCUGGAGCUGACGGACAUUUUCCAGCCGGUGCAUUCUGGAUACAGCUGUAAUGACCGUAGUCUGUCGCUGCCCUACAUCCUGCCCCGCCAGGAACUCUGCCCGCUGCCGCUGCUCUUCAGCUUGGCCUUCGCAGUUCCCACUGUCACAAUCCUGAUCGGAGAAGCCAUCCUGUACUGUUAUCUGUCCAGGAACUCGUCAGCCUCACAGACGGAAGCCAGCAUCAACGCUGCAGGCUGCAAUUUCAACUCCUACAUUAGAAGAGCUGUUCGCUUCAUAGGGGUCCAUGUUUUCGGCCUGUGUAUGACCGCGCUUAUCACUAACGUUCUCCAGCUGUCCACUGGUCAGCACACGCCGUACUGGCUGGACGUGUGCAAGCCCAACCUGACGCACAUCAACAUGUCCUCCUGCGACGAGGCCUUCAUCCUGGAGGACAUCUGCUCCGGGCCGGACGCAGGACUCAUCAACUCUGGCAGGAAGUCCUUUCCUUCCCAGCAUGCCACGCUGGCUGCCUUUGCUGCCGUCUACAUCUCGAUGUACUUCAACACGGUGCUGACGGACUCAGCCAAGCUGCUGAAGCCUCUGCUGGUCUUCUCCUUUGUCAUACUGGCCAUCCUGACGGGACUGACCCGGAUCAUUCAGUUCAGGAACCACCCUGUGGAUGUCUACUGUGGAUGGAUGCUGGGAGCUGCCAUUGCUGUUUACCUGGGUGUGUAUGCUGUGGGAAACUUCCAGCCAAGUGAAGAUCGCUCCAGAAGUCGACUGUCUCCUCCGGUCCUGAGGGAGCCGCCUCUCUCGUCUUUACCCAACGUCAGCCAAGCAACCGUCAGCAACAGCCAUCCAGGUCACCACUCCCUGAGUCCCAGCCAACCAGAGCCCAUCAUGACGAGGAGCUCCUCCCACAUGCUGUCGCCGGAGCAAAGCGGGCCCAUCCUGACACGCAGCUCCUCCUACAGAGAGCCCUCUCUGAGCAACCUGAAGAGAGCCAGCGCUGAGGUGGAGGUCAUCUCUCCAUCCAGCCCACUGGGCAACCGCGACAACAUGAUGAACUUCAACAGCAGCACACUGCCAAGGUCCCAUGGAGGUUCCUCGUUUGAGGAGGGUCGCGUCCCUCGGCGCCACGCCUCCACCCACGCCUCCAUGGACUCCACUCGCUCCAAACAGCUGCUCAGCCAGUGGAAGAACAAGAACGACAACAGGAAGCUGUCCCUGCAGGUGAUGGAUGGAAUCAGGCCGUCCUCCUCCUCCUCCCCUCAGAGAAACAUCGAUCUACGCUGCUCCUCUGAACCGUCUGCCAUGGGCCUGGAGAUGGAGCUCCGUGCUGGAGCCCACAUGUCUUCCUCUGGACCCCAGGAGACAGAGAUGCGUGUCGGGGCCCACAUUCCAGCCCAGUAUAUGAAACUCGCCGCAAACUCCGUACCUGUCGUCAAUCAUAACCACAUGGUUCAUAACGGGGGAACAGGAAUGACGGGGGGCGCCAGAGUGUCUAUCCAGUCCCGACCAGGAUCCUCCCAGCUGGUCCACAUCCCAGAGGAGGAGAACCCCUCCAGCAAGGAUCAGGAGAGCGAGUCAGAGGACAGCAUCAUGGAUGGGGGCGGGUCCGUGAGGGAAAAAUGGCUGAGAGUGACAGAGAAGACCACCAUCCCCUGCAGGCCGCUCAGCGCUGGAGGACAGCCUCGUCUCAUGCAGGUGAUUGCUUUAUCCAAGCAGCAAGGGCUGCUUCACUCCCCCCGGUCGGAGGACGGUGGCAGCACCGUUAGCUGCACCGGCUCGAUCCGGUACAGAGCGCUCACAGACCAGGACCCGUCUCCACCGGCAUCCACCACCGGAGCAGUAGGAGGAGGUUUGGAGAGGUCUGGCAGUAUAGUGCGUGUCGAUGCCCACCCAGAGUCCAGGCAGAACAAGCCUGUGGUGAGACCCCCGAGCACAGAUGGAAGUGGCUCAUGGCGAUGGAAACCGCCGGAGCAGCGCUCGUCCCUGCGGCAGUCCACCUUCGUCCUCAACAACCUGAACAGACACGCGGACAGCUGCGACUCUCUGAAGGACGGCAGCAUGGUGGACGGCCGGAGGAGUGUCACGGGGACUGAGUCUGAGAGCGAGAGCGGCGGUGAAAGCAGAGGGGGAGGGGUCUACACCAACCACCCUCAUGUUGUGCAUCCUUUACAUCCGCUCCAUCCCAACAACAACUACCAGCAUCCCAAUUAUCCUCAAAGCAAUCCCAAUUAUCCUCAAAGCAAUCCCAAUUAUCCUCAAAGUAAUCCCAAUUAUCCCCAAAGUAAUCCCAAUUAUCCCCAAAGUAAUCCCAAUUAUCCCCAAAAUAAUCCCAAUUAUCCUCAAAGCAAUCCCAAUUAUCCCCAAAAUAAUCCCAAUUAUCCUCAAAGUAAUCCCAACUAUCCAAACUUUAACAAUGCUCAUCCUAAUUUCAACCCCAAUUCUUCUGGCUCCAACGUGUCCUUUGCCCCCUCGGUCCCCUUAGCUCCUCCCUUCCACCCCCACCCUCAGGCUGUCACCACCAUCAGGGUCACCCCGGUGGAAGUGGCAGCUGCCAGCAGUGACGGAGGCUCCGACUGCCAGUCUGUGGCCUCGUCCAGCCGGGAGUCCACCCUAAGGAGGAAGAACAGCAGCACCAAUGCCAACAGCCAGGAGCGGGGGCCCACCCCUGACCUUCCCAACAACCACCGCGCCGACAGCGACAGCUCCACCCGCUUCCACGAAAACCUGCGCAGUUUCCAGGAGAACCCUAUCCAGCCCAAUUACCCCAGCAGGCAGAUGCAGGGGGUCUAUGGACGACCAAGCCCCACUCCUCCCCCCGUCUUACCCCGCCCCGUCCUGUCUCACACCCCACCCCCGACCUUGGGGCUGGCCUAUAAAGAAUGACCCAGGGGUGCGAUGCAAACACCAAACUGAAAGGACACGGGAUCCAUCUUUCACUGACAGCUGGCCCAGAGGUGGUGGGGGGGGUGGUAAUGUUCAACUCCCACCCCCUCCUCAAAUGUUCAGAAAGCCUGUAAUGUGUAUCAAUCAACACCAGGACCGGUUCAAACUGAUGAUGAGGCGGGUUCAGAUGAACUUUGGCGGAUGGGGGUCCAGCCCCGCCUCCAACCUUUUUCCCUCCAGUCCACUGUGACGUCUGUUAGCUGGUCUGUUUCUAAACCAAGGAUUGGUCUGAGGAUGUGAACACUCGAUGGCUGGACUCCACAAGGCUUCACUCCAACAGGAAGCUCUUCCUUACCGGGAUGACCCUCGACCUUCUAACACUCGGAGGGCUGGAGGAACGUGGGAGCCUACCAGGGCUUCAGCAGCAUUGUGGUGUUGUGUUUGUGUUGGAAUCAUACGGUGAAUGUGCUUUAAUGCCCCCCCCCCCCGUCCCAUCAACAAGCAUAAAGCUUCUCUGCUGUCAGGAGAGGCGCCGUCGUCACACGGGACGAACAAAGCGCACUUUGGGGAGCAGUCAGGACGACACGUGGGACAAUUUCACAAUACUUUCUUCAGUUUGUAUCUACUUAUGACGUUUACAUGGGGGGUGGGGGGUGGACAGGUAGACAGAUCUACAUACAAAGACAGUUUGUGAGAGUUUGCAGGGACGUCCCAUCAUUGAACAGAGUCACAAGCUAAGGCUAAAGUGUCAUGGUGUUGGUGUUCCAGGCGUGUGGAGGUUUGGACGCUCCUCAUCUGUUCUCGGUGCUUCACGGUGAAGAGGACCCCCCCCCCACGGUUCCACAUGCUUUUAUUUUGAAAGUAUUUCGAAAAAGCAAGCAUCUUUCUUGUUUGAAUCCAUCAUCAGAGUGAUUGAGAGAAUGGUGACGGUUUACAGAAUCGGUGAUCCGAUCCCAAACACGGAUAAUUCUGAUCCGACUUUUCCUUCAGAAGCGGCAGCUGGUUUGGUUGUGAGUUGUCAUGGCAACCACAUGGCUUUGAUGUGAAUGGAUAAUCAUAGGUUUCUGUGUAAAUACAAUUACUUAUGGGAAAUAGUUUGUAUUUAGCUGAAGUUUUAAGAGCUUAAUGGGGGUUUGAUCAAAGUAAUGAAGCAGCAUCUCCUCUCACAGACGAUCUGGUUCCAAUCU